CUUUCUGUGUACCACAGUGUCAUAGCAACUGAUGUCAGGCAAGGCAGAGAGCUAGAUAAAGCUGGCGAAUAAAGCAGACUAGAAAUUAAUAUCUGGCGGCAUACAUAGAGCUUGCAGAUACCUAUUUCCGGUGCUCCUGAUGAAAGAUUAAGGAACCACAGUAGUUCCAAGAUGGCAUUAGCAAGUGGACACUGGAUUACAAAAGAAGUGAUUGGGGACGCUCCAAGUCCUAGACACGGACAUGCCUUGGCAAUCGCGGGAAAUAUAGCGUUUAUAUCUGGAGGCUGUUCCUUUAAUGAUACGUCUGAUGAUCAGCCAACAUAUUUCAAUGACUUCUACAUGUUGACAAUUACUUCCACUGAAUUGACAUGGGAAAUGAUACCACAAGAUGGCCACAUUCCUUGUCCAAGAGAAGGUCAUUCACUUUGUGUAGUAAAAGGCAAGAUAUAUUUAUUUGGAGGUUCUUCAAGCACGAAUGCUGAGCGUUCCCUUCCAGGAGUCUACACCUUUGAUCUUGGUUCCUUAAUGUGGCAGAAAGUUGCAGCCACUGGCAUCGCACCUCAGACUCUCAAUCACAGUUCAGCUGCAGUUGGAGAAAACAUCUACGUAUAUGGGGGUACACUAUGCGGAAAAACUGUUGAUGACCUGCAUGUGUUCAACACGGUAUCCCAAAGCUGGACCCCUGUCAAAACCUCUGGUUCAGCCCCUGGUGCCAGAUCAGGCCAUGCUUUUGCAACGAUCGGAGAAAUCAUCUAUAUGUUUGGAGGUUGUUCCGACGAAGAUGAAUAUUGCACUGAUCUGUUUGCACUGGACACAGUAUUGUUAACGUGGCAGAAGUGUGAUGUCAAGGGAGAAAAGCCCAUCGGAAGGAUGCAGCACACAUUUACAGCUCACCAUGAUAAGGACAUUUAUUUGUUUGGAGGAACUUCCAAGUCUGAAGAUGGGAGUCAAAUACCAAGGAAUGAUAUUAUGAAAUUAAGUUUAGCGCGGAUGAAAUGGAAGAUGCCACUCUACGUAGGAAUCCCCCCCGCUUGCAGACGGAACCAUGUGGCGUUUAUUCUUCAUAGCCAUCUUUAUAUCCUUGGCGGCACAAAUGAAAAAGAAUUAAAUGAUCUCAUGGGAAUGAAACUGAUAAAUCCUUCUGACAGACAGCCUAUUAUGAAGGAGAUUCUUUCAGAACUGGGAAUCCAGGGAGUAAGCAGCAGGUUUACUCCCACCAAAAUCCCCAAAGUGAAAUACGAAUUGACAGAAUCUCCUUUGCUAAGUGGAUCUGUUUCUCCGCCGCCUCCUGUUCUGACACCUCAGCUGCAGGAUUUACACUCUGUGCGUAACCAAGCAAUGGACAUGAUUACAAAGGCCUUUACUUUGCUGGACUCCGAGUUUCAGAAGCUCAGCACUGCAAAAGCUGAACUGGUCCAGGAAACAUUGACUUUUCAACGUGAAAAAGAGCAGUUCAACAAACAUUUUAAAAAUCAACAGAAGGAGCUCCAAGAGAUGCUGGAGAAGCACAAAGCUCAGAAUGAAGCGUGGCUCCAAGCCAGAGCAGAAGAGAAUGACAAAGAAAGAAAAGAGCUCUGCAAACUGAGGGAAGAGAUUCUCAAUGACCAGGAAAGAUUGAGAGACGAACAGCAAAGCGUUUAUCAGCGCAAUCAGCAGCUCCUUUCUAUAAUGCAGCAGUUCAAAGGAAUGUGAACCGUUUGCUGAAUAAAGCCUGGUCACAUGCUCUAGAUCAUAGCAGCUACACAGCACAACUUGAACAACUGAGCUCUUAUGUAACAAAGAUCCCGUUACCAUACAAACUGAAGUUUGAUCUCGAUAACUUUCCAUCCGGCCCUAGGAUGAUGGUUCAAUUAAAUCCCCACCCACUUUGGGAAAUAUUCUGAGUUUUUGAUUCAGUAUUUUAUAUGUGUAUUUAUAUAUCUCAGGUGCUUGUAUGUGCUGACAUGGCAUUUUAAAAUAGACAAAAGGAAUAUAAUGCUAUAUUCAUAACUUGGAAAAUUUGUUCUUGUUAAGAAAGAUUAAUGGAUUUGCAAAGCUAGGAAACAGGGAGAGAGAUUAUGAUCAGAAAGCCGCUUUGAUUCCCUCUCCCUUUUUCAGACUUUGGAAUGGGAUACACUAGGAGACCUGAAUUCUGCUCCAAUCCUUACCUGGUAGAAGUUACUAUCUGAAAUGACAGUACUGAGGACUACUGAGAACAUAUGAGGAAAGGACUGGUGGAGGAAGGGUGAAAUGUAAAUUCUUUUUUCCUCCUUGUCAAAAAUUUGGGCAUGUUGGAUCUGUGCACAUUAACUCUUAACUUUUUGUGAGUGUCAUAGCUACAGUGUUCUGUGAGUUUGCAGUAAGAGGUAGGGGUGUGUGUGUGUGUGUGUGUUAAUGGAUUUUGAUUUGGGAGGAUUGGUAGAACAAUCAUGCUGGAAUCAAAGAUAGGUCACUACUGUGCCAGUGGAAGAGUCUGAAAAACAUACUGUACCAUUGAUGUGAUUAUUUGAAAAUCACUUUCCUGCAGGUAGUUUGAGGAUCAGAAAGCACCUUGUGCCAUACAGUGAGAGAAAAAUGAGAGUUUUUAUCUGAAUAAAGUUUGUGUUUGUAAUA